UGAUUUUUUUUUGCAAUUAAAAACUUCGUCAAAAUGUAUUUUAAAAAUUUAAGUGUUUUAACGACAUUGUUAAUAUUAUUGUCAGUUACAAGUGCCGAUGUAAACGAAACUUCAUCAGAUAAUGACAUUAUAAAAGAUCCACCAAAAGUGGUAUUAAACAAAUUUUUUGCGCCAAAAAAAUUAGAUGUAAUAAAAAGUGAACAAAGUGACAAAGAAAAUAAUACUAAAAUUGAAGAAAUUGACCAAGAAUUAGAUCCAAUAGAUGAAGCUGAUGUUGACGCAAAUACAAGAGUAAAAAAGUCCAAUUAUUGUGUACAAAUUCAACCAAGUGAUCCAUAUGAAAAACCAUUUUUAAUAUGUCGUCCAUAUAAACUUGUACCUGUUAAUCAUCAAUCAACAAAUUAUAAUCAACAAGAUGUAAGCGAAUCAAUUAUUAUUCCAUCUUCAUCCGGGUCUUCCUAUUCUCAAAAGCCAGCUGUACCUCAGCAAAUUGCAGUUGCCGUAGACAAUUCGUAUGGAUCUUCAGGAAGUUAUGGUUCUUCAUCAUAUUCGAAACCAUCUAGUUAUGGUGCAUCUAGUCAAAAUAGCGUUCAUUCUCAAUCAUAUGCUUCAUCGAAACCAAGUGAAGUGAUUAUAAUUUCAAAUCCUGAAUCCGCAUCAUAUGCUGGUCAAAGCUCUGGAGCGUCAUAUUCUAGCCAAAGUUCUGGAUCUGCUCCUGCUAGUCAGAAUUACGGAUCUACUGCUCCAGCUUCAUCGUAUGGAAGUGCUAGUGCGUAUACCGAAUCAAAACCAAGCGAAUAUGUUGUGAUACCAUCUCACAAACCAACAUCUUCAUAUAGUCAAACAAAACCAAGUCAAAUCGUAAUAAUACCAUCGUCUUCUCAUGGAUCUUCUUAUGGCCAAUCAAAACCCAGUCAUUACAAUACUGCAUCUCAUGCAUCAUCGUAUGCAAGUUCAUCAAAUCAUGGGUACAAUUAUGUACAUAAAAAACCGAACGUUGUUUCAUAUUAUCGUGCCGUAAUCGAUGAAAAUGAACUUACCGACGAAACCGAUGGACCAUCCGAUUUAACUGACAUUAUAAUUCCAGUUGAAUUACCAGAUGAUGAAGAUGUGAAUGCUAGAUCUGCUUCUUCUGAAUCUUAUGAGCAUGGGUAUGAACAACCGGGCACUACCAUAUUUGACUGGCAAUUAAAUAAAAAAGCGUAUGAUAACUAUGGUUUACCUGUAAUAACUAAAACCUUAAAAAAAACUAAACCAGUUAAUCUACUCAAAGCUUUAAUAAAACUGAAAAAGGGUAAAUUAAUAAAGCCAUACAAAGCAUAUGGAAGUGGUUAUGGAAGUGGUUCAAGUUAUGGCGGUGGUUCAAGUUAUGGAAGUGGUUCAAGUUAUGGAGGUGGUUCAAGUUAUGGAGGUGGUUCAAGUUAUGGAAGUGAUUCAAGCUAUGGAGGUGGUUCAAGUUAUGGAGGUGGUUCAAGUCAUGCCAGUGGUUCAAGUUAUGGGGGUGGUUCAAGUUAUGGAGGCGUCUCAAGUUAUGGAAGUGGUAACAGUGCAGCGGGCCAUCAACAUGGUGUAUUAAUUACUUGCAAGCCAACCAUAGUAAAUGUACCCACUGUACCUGAAGCAAGUUACGCAAAUAGUUACGAAAUUGAAUCACAACCGCAAAUACAACAUUAUCAAGCGGUACAUCAUAUUCCACAAAUCAAAUACGUGCAUGCGGUUCCAGAAACUCAAUAUACAGCCGAAAUACCACUUUUGGUGAAAAAGCAUCCAGUUUAUCAUCAACAAUCAACGUCCUAUUAUCAACCUGCAUCAUAUGGUUCCGCUUCAUAUGGAAGUUCUAGACCAAUUGUAGAUCAUCAAUACACUUCUUCUGAUUAUGGAAGUUAUCGUGCAAAUUCUAAUAAUAAUGCUAACACUGCUACAAAACAAAGGUCAAAAGAAGAAAUAACUUUUGCAAAAAUGGCUAAUGCUGAAAUGAACGCUAUGAAAAAUAUUGAAGAUGACACAACUAACAUCCAAAAAUUAAUGGCAAUGAAAACCGAUGGACAAAAUCAACAAAUAGUACAACUUCAACAAAAUCAACAAGUACUUCAACUUCCACAAAAUCAACAGCAACAGCAAUCAAUACUACAGUCAACACCUGCAAUAACUGGACAAGACAACAAAUUAUCAUCAACAAUGACUGUCCCAGAAGUUAAUCGAAAUAUGAACACACAAAAUUUUCAGCAACAAACUGAUCAAAUAAUGAAAGCUAGCCAAUCCCAAAACUAA